CACAGACCAAUAACAUAUUUUUGGUCUGUGACUUCCAACUUCUGAUUUUCCAUCAUUUUUUGAUUUUGUUUUUGUAAACAAAAAUAUUAUAAAUAUUGUACAAGCUAUUAGCUAAUUUUUUAAUUUUUUUUAACGAUGAACAGCUAAUGACUGAGGUAUACUUAGAGAGUUAGUCCAAUAUGUCUCCAACUCGAGCAGCAGGUCUGGUGAUAUUCAGACAUACAAAUCAAAUUAUUCAGUUUCUUUUGCUACAGACAUCUUAUGGAGUGCACCACUGGACCCCACCAAAAGGUCAUGUAGAUCCUGGGGAGUCAGAUUGGGAGACAGCUUUACGUGAAACCAAAGAGGAGGCUGGUCUAUCUGAAAAUGAAUUGGAGAUCUACAAAGAUAUAUCUGAAACAUUAAACUAUGAAGUGAAGGGUAAACCAAAGGUUGUUGUAUAUUGGUUGGCUAAACUAAAAAAUCCAGAUGAGAAAGUUAAACUGUCAGAUGAGCAUCAAGAUUUGAAGUGGCUGCCUUUACAAGAGGCUCAAGAAGUGUCUGGUUUUGAGGAUAUGCAAAAAUUGCUUGCGGAAUUCCAUGAAAAGGCGCUGAAAACUGUGUAACACAUGUUGAGAAAUUAGAUAUUAUAUUAAUCUUAUAUUGUUGUAUAUUUAUAAUAUUGUUUCCUAAUAAAAACUAAAUACUCUUU